AUGACGUCCGAAUGCAGGGCGCCGCGCACCCGCGGGGCGCAAGGCGAGGUCACACCUCGCCGGUCUAGUUCGUCGCGAUGGCGCGGGCGCUGCCCCGGCGAAAAACCCGAGGGGACGCAGCCGGCGGCUCCUUCCAGUGAACAGAUCAACUCAAAGAGACAAAGCAUGGAAGGAUCCUGCCCAUGUGGGGUCAGACUUCCAGCCUCCUUUUCGUGUCCUCCUCUCGUCAUAGCGACCUGCUUGUUGGUGUUCCUGGCGUCGUCCGCCCUCCCGACCCUGCCCUUGAACGGAGAGGCGGAGCGGGGCGUGAGGCCUCCGAUCCCGGCUGUACCUCACUUUCCUAGGGCCAACGCUUGGGAACUCUUUUCGUCAUCCGCUGCAACGCCUCCUCCCUCUGCCGGAUGGAUUCCCUUCUUCCCGUCGAAGCCCAGCUCGACCGCGGAAAACGAUGCCCGCGGGGCCAGCGCCUCGUCACUUCCGUGGUGGCACGUGAGGCAGAGCGCAACAGACAAGAAAAAAGAAAAGGAACACGAAGAGGAAGCUGCGGCGCCGUUCCUUCUCUCGUGGGCCCGCAGGUCCUUCUCGGCGCCCGCGGAUCUGCCCACACCGCAGACGAAGGGCGAAACAGCGGAGAAAGACGCCCAUGCAGAGAAGCUGGCGCCCAAAUACUUCGCGUCCUCGGAGAAGGGAAAAGCGCGCGCAGAGACUGAGACGCUCUUUGACGACGUACCCUCGACUCCUGCCGGCUUCUUCUUUUUUGCCAACUCAAGAGACACUUCUGGGGAUGUGAACUGCUCCGUUGAGCCAGCCAACUUCCCGGCUGACGCGAGAGACUUCGUUGUUCAGUGCCCCGCCAGUGUACAGACAGCCGAAAUCCUCCUCCUCACUAAAAAGAAAAACAGAAAAUUCGCGCUGACAGGCUCAACUAAGUCUGCCUCGACCGUCUCUCUCCGCUUCGCGGCCUCUGUUCUGGACGCGCGCGAAGUGUCGGUGGACGUCUGCGACGAGGACGCGGAUCCGAACAUCGCUGCCGCCGCGGCAGCGUCCGAUGCGUCCGCCUCGCUCCUGUCGGUCUUCGGCUCCCUGACCCAGCACAAGGGACCAGAAACGUUCUCUUCUGACGCCCGAGCCAAGAGCCUCGCCCCCUUCCUCUCCCCGCCCAACCUGCCCGUUUCGCCCAGUGCGGCGUGCCGCACGGUGACUCUGCUGCCUGUUCACCUGCCCUCUCACGGGUCCAACGCCCCGCCGCGGCUUGCGCAGCUCGCCCUUUCGCGCGGCGUCCAGGGCCUGCCGUCUCUGCAACCUGACUUCGACCCAGAGAUCGCCGAGUACCAGGCGACCGUACCAGAGGCACAGUCUGUCACAGUGGCUGCCGCUGCGGCGCCGGGGUUCUUCAUCAAGGUAGAGGAGGAGGACGGGAGCUUGCCCGUCCCGCGGAGCGCCAGGUCCAGGAACCCCCUGGCGCUGCUUACUGAAGAACGCAAGACGUCCCUUCUCCACAGAGUGACCUGCGGGGGCCCAGGCUCCACGAUUCGACUGGUUUUGUCGGUGUUUUCGGCGCACGCCGGCGGACCCGACUUGUGCAGCAGGAAUGUCCGGUGCACGCACAGUGCUCUCACCGAAAAAACUCUGGAGGAAAAGAAGAACGCCGCCAACGGCUCAGGUGAUCCCGUGCAGUACCAGGUGUACAUACACUGCGCGGCUUCCAGGCUGGGGCGAGCGGCGCUCGCGGGAGUUGAGCCCCAACGCGGACAACUCUUUCCUCGGGUUUUCUCGCCAGAGAAGCACCUGUACUACCUUCGGCUUCCUGCAGGCUUGAACGAGGACAAGGUGACCUUCCGUGCGGCGGAGAAGCACACAGAAAUCCUGGUGGGUGACGAGGGACGGAGGCGAAGCGCGGGCGUCGCUCAGAGCGUGCCUCUCUGGCUCGCCCCAGACGAUCAGUCCAAGGUGAUCCCAGUUCGGACAUUCGUGAAGAAAAACGGAGAUAAAAGCCUCGAAGAAGGAGAAAUGUACUUCAUUAUUCUCACCAGAGGAACCGAUGAUUCCGAAGAUGAGACGUUAGACGGCGUUGUGGCUCUUCUGAAAGAUCUUAAUCUUCUGGGGGCCACGCUGAACCAGCCCUUUGAUCCACGAGUCUUUCAUUACUCUGCCCAGCUGCCGCACAAUCGGAAGUUCGUCGGGCUUCAGCUGGGAGAAGAGAUUCCCGGAUCGCAGAUCCACGUGGAUGGCGCGCGAGUCUUGCCGCGGCACCAGACCGCGUUCUACCGGUUGCAGCCGGGGUCCACGAAGCACGUCUCGAUUGCCGUCUCCCCUCCAGACAGCGGCACAUUUGCAGAGGACGCCACGCCGCAGCAGGCGAACGGGAAGAACAAACGCGUGGUCUACACAGUCGAUCUGACACGCCCGACGCCGUGGUUCUCCGGGGCCUCGAUCGUCCCGGUGCUCGCCGACGUCGCUUGCUGGGGAUCCGCCCUUGUCCACGCAGCUGCGGGCGCCGGCUGGCUCGCCGUCUCCAAGACACUCAACUUCGUCGCCAUCACAGCUGCCAUUCCGGGAACCCCGGAGAUGUGGAAGAGCUUUUCUUCUCGGUUUUUUGACUUCGGCCUUCAAAUACCGCUGCCGGCACCGUGGGUCGAGAUCCUCGAUGAGUCGCCGCAGGGCCUCGCAGGCCCGCAGAUGCUUCCAUCGGCCUCUUCGCCACUCGCUAAGGUGGUUCCAGCGACUCUCUUCGGAAUCACGGCGCCUCCGCUGGCGACGCUCGGGUUGGGCGAGAAGAACUGGGAGGGCGUCUCGGAUGCGCUGCUGCGUGUCCUGGAGAGAGAAAGCGAUCGAGCGGAGUUGCUGAGUCGCUUUGUCUCCUGCGUGCUUCUCUACGCGUCUGUACUUUUCGUCCUCCUCGCUCUCUUCUCGCGGAUUCUCGUACGCAGGCUCUUUGAGAGAUGGCACGGAGCGGCCCUGGAGGCGUCAAAUGCGCUGCCUCGCGAGAGUGAGGGAGCGCGGGGACCGGCGCAAACACGCAUGAAGGACCUGUGGAGAUUCCUGCCGGCGCAUAUCCCAAUUCCGUCUAGAGUAUUGAUUUUCAUCCUAGACUACGGACUCGUGUCCUUCGCACAAGCGAGUGCAGGUCUGGCCUUUGCAGAGAAGACGAUCUCAGUUCGCCUCCUGGGGCUCCACCUCUCGCCCUGGGCGCUCUUCGCUGUCUGCUGCGUCCUCCUGCUUUACCCUGUCGGCUACUUGCUCUGGGCGCACUCCGCGCUGCGGGUCCUUCAAAAGAAAGUGGUUUUCUGUUCUGCGCUGGGCAAAUUCACCGACCGCCGAGCGUACGAGGUCAAGGCGCGUGUCAUGCCCUCCUCUUUCGUUCCUCCUGCGCUCACCGAGCUCCUCUCUUGGUAUCUGCGCUCAGUAGCCCCGAUAAAGGCCCCUAGCGUGGCUGCCUCUGCAGCUGCAGGCGUGGCGCUGCCGCUUGAGACGGAGGGGGACGCCGCAGCGGAUAGCGAAGACGAAGAGGACAGCUACCACCGAAGCUUCGCCUGCGGACAAGGGCUGGCGUUGACAGGCAAGAUGAAGAGGCAGAAAGAAGCCAGGUGCGCUGGGAGCCUCUCCGCCCUCGCCUCCCCGGUUGCGGCUUCUCUCUGCAGGGCACGUGACGCCAUUGGAACGAGUUGUGAAGGGUGCCCGAGUUCUCUGGCGUCGUCCGCGUUGCUGCCUCAGUGCCUGCGAGAUGCAAACAGCCCAGCGGAGGAGGAAGGCGAGCUGUGCGUGGCGGCAGUCCAAGAAGCGGGCGUGGGGGACCGGCAGGUCGAUGAGAGCGGAAGACCAGAUGACGAUGAGGCAGACGAGGGAGCGUGCAUCAUCGCAAGCGACGACAGACAAGAGGGCCCCUCGUCGGUGGUGCGUGACAACCAGGAAAUUCUGCUGCAGCUGGACGGCGACGCCUACGAAGUGCAUGGAUACGAAGCAGCAAACGACCUCCUGGCGCAAAAGUGGCCCGCAGCAUCGGUUGGGCGAGUCAGCGUUAACCUGGCCUGUGUACUGCCGUCUGCCGGUAGCUCUGCGUGCCCGUCGUCUUCGCCGGAGGCUGCGUGCCUCACGGCGGAGGCUGAGAUCCAGCUGAGGCACCUGCGGAGUCUGUCGUGGCUGGCGGGGGGCCUCACGCGCCCUCUGCACUUUUGGUCGUCGCCGUCGAAUCUGCAGUUUAGCUACGCAGAUCGCGUCUCGCUUCUGCUCCCUUCGUCCUGCUGCGCGCCGUGUUCGCUGCUCCAUUUUCUCACGCUUCGGGGCACGCUGGUGGCCUCCGUUCUGCUGAUUGGCCUCAGCACUCCCGGCUUUGCGCCUGGCUGGGUGUCUUCUGCGUCCGCAUCGCGCGUCCACUUUGCGGCGUUGCUGCUCGCCUGCGGCGUCAACCUCGCGGUCAGCUUGGGCUCAACCAUUCGCCACAGCGCGGAGGAGUGGACGCGGUGCGAGCGGCGCGGAAGAAGCGAGGGUCCCCCGCAGACCGAGGCGCCGCCCGCGCCCCACGAGGCGCUGCUAGGCGACGUGGGCAAGACGCGAGAAGUGGACGGCGAGCGCGCGCAGGACGGCGAGGCGGCGGAAGACGUCAGGGGGCAGUUCGUAGGCGUCCAGCAGGGAUGCACACGCAGCGCCCAAAGGCGAGAGCUGCAGGCGCACUGGAGACUGUGGAAGCGAUGGCGAAGAGGCGAGGGCGCACACCCCACGCUGCGGCUCUGGACGGCAAGGCUUCAACCAGCUGUCAGGCGACUGCUCGGGCACCGCGUGUGGCGAAACAAGGCGGUGUUUGUCGGCACAGAUCUGCUGUGUGGCGGCGUCGGCGCCGAGCUCGCCAAACUCGGCCUUCUCCUCGUGCUCCUCGGGGCCAACGACGAGGCGGGGCUGGCGGAGCUCCACGUGGGCACCACGCUGGCUGGCGCGUGCUUGGUCGUCCUCGCGGUCGCGCUUCCCUCGCGCGUGGCGAUUGCCCAUUCGAGGGCCGCGUGGCGUCUGUGGCUUGGUCACGUUAAGCUCCAGGCGCUGGUGGCAAUGUAUCGCACUGCGGAAAUAGCCCGUAACUGGCGCUUUUACGUGCACCUGACUCUGUUCUACAUCAGGCAAGCUGCCAAGUGGACGUAUUCGAUCCUCACAGCCAACCGCCGGAACGCGAAGCCUCUCAGCUGGCGCUACCCCACAGCCCCGGUUUUCAUCAACUCGGAGAUGGAACUUCCCGUUCGAAAGCUGCAUGUCGUGGUGCCGGAGACAGGACUGCUGUUCGAGGCGUCGGCGCCGCGAGCCGUGUCGCCCUCAGCCGAGUCCCGGGGUCUGCUGACCGCGUUCAUCUCCGCCCUCUAUGGCACUAAAUCCGCAAAAGCCGCUGCCCUGUAUUUCCCGCUCGGCUCCGCAGAGGCCUGCGACGCGCCGUCUCCGUGCUUCGGCGCCGCGGCCCCUGUGCGCAAACGCCUCGUCUGUCUCGACCCGGUGCCGCGAGGCUCCAUCGAGGCGCAGCUCCCAGUGCAAGUCGACGCUUCUCGGUUGCUUCAGAGUCUCCAAGGCGCGACGCCUGGCGCGCCUGCUGGGCAGUUGGUGGUCACAGUCCAGGUAGUCCACAACCCGAACUACCGCUAUCCUCUGUACGACAAAGCGUUUUCUUCCUUUGCGUCUGUGUUGGCCUUGGUCGAGAAGACGCCGACCCUCGCCUGGCUCCGCAACAGUCUGCGCAUGUCGCGCCUACUGUCAUCAUUUUCGUCUCUCUUUUCGGGCACGUCAAGCCGCGCUGUCGCAGACUCGUACCUCUCUCUGCGCACCGAUGACACUCUGAUUCCGCCAAGGGGCCGCGGCCUGCGGCCAUCUUUGCGCCUGUCGCAAGACGAAGCAAGCUGUGCUCAGCGAGAGGCUCCGGCUGCCCUCUCCCUGUCGUCUGCCUUCUCAAUCGAAAAAGCCCCAGCAGUGGUUCGCCUGGACUCAGUGGGCGGUCAGAUAGUCCUGAAGAUCUUUGCAGACUGCAUCCGAAUUUCGCAGACCUACACACUCGUGCCCGUCCGCAAGCAGACAAGCGGCCCCACGAGGGAGAAAAGUGACUCGCAGCUCAUCUUUGCAGACGUCGCACAGUGUGUCACAAGCGGGCAGCUGGAGGUUGUCCUCCCGCCAGGCGUGAAACCGGACCUGCGAGACGAAGUGCAAGUGACGCGAAGGGCGAGGGAGGGGAGCGGAGAGGGCGCGUGGGAGUUCUCAAUCCGCCCUGACGAGGUCGCCAUUCAACACGACGAAACUCUGAACAGAGUCCUCCUGAAGCACCGAGACCUCCAGAGGGGAAGACACUAUUCCACAGUCUUUAGAUCCAGCGCUGCCGUCGUUCCGCCCCCAUCGUGUGAGGUGCCCGCGACAGAGAAGGGCAGGCUCGUCGUCCCGUUAGAGACACAAGCCGCGCUCCCCGACCUGGAGAACUUCCUUCUGCUUCUUUCCGCCGAUGAGCAACCGGCAGUCGUUCAUGUCAUCGACCCCGCCUUUACUGACGCUCACGUGUGUUUUGUUCCACACAUGCGUCCCCUGUCGCUCGCGCAUGAGGCUAGCGAAGCACCCGAGAGGCCGACAAGAACUGAAGAAGGCAAACGGCGCGUGCUGCGUGCCCUACGCGCAUGCAGACAGGCUGUCUGGUGUGCGCUCGAUGGCGCAGACCGAGGCGAUGAGGAGCAAAGCUUCCUUCCCCCAGUGCCUUGCACGCUGCUCAAGGAGUUGCCGGGAGAGGAUGACGAGACGGAAACGGAAAGCGGAGGAUCCUUCAGAGUCGAGCCCAACUACAAGCCCCAGCGACUGGUCUUGGCAGCGGCGAUGCACGAACGCGAAGCCCUCCUCCAAGACUUGCUUGCCAACGGCGCAGACGCGCUGCCGACAGUCGCUGAGGCCGUCCUGACGCCGUCGGAGCUCAUGGUGUUUUUCGCCGAGAGAGGCAUUCACACGAACGGAGAGAGCAAGUGGAUCAAUCCGCUGAUUGAGCCUCAGCAUGCGGCAGUGCGAAAAUAUUCCGGAAGGCUGGUCCCCGCGCGCGUAGCGCUCAUUCAUCACCUCGCCACUCGCCUUGAUAAAGACAUCCAUCGGUUGCAGACGUUGGUUCGCGACUUCGAAGUCUUGGAGAAGAUGCAAGAAGACGUCGUUCUCCGGGCGGCGGUGCAGGAGUAUGAUGACGCCAUCGAGAUGUGCAAAGGCAUUGAAGAACUCUCUUUCCUCAGCAUGCGCAUGGAGAACGUGAGGACGCAGCACUACGCCACCUCCGUGCUGCGAGGCGUCCCGUUCCCUCUGGAACUGGAAGCUGGUGCGAUUGCAGCCAAGCCUCGCAUCGCAGAGCAAAUGCGGAAGUGGGAAGAGCAACUGGGCCUGUGGCUCGCGGGAGAAGUCGGAGCGGCGCCUCAGGGCUCGGGUGUAGGAGAGGGCGUCGGCCACCUGGAGGCCGCGGUUGAUGGCAUUCUUCAGCAGGCGUACAAGUGCAUGUACUCCGGUGUGGCAGGCGUCUCCUCCUCGCCCGCUCCUGUCCUGCACUUCGUCGCCAGCAGCCUCACGCUGUGCGGCGGGCCGUCCACCUGGCUGCCAGAUCCGCUUCCUGCGCAUGCAGCCUUCGUGCAGCUUUGGGAACAACUCGAGCGCGACGGCGGAGAGUCAGGCGAAAGGGCUGUCUGGGUUCCGUGCUUCAUCAAACUCACCGCUUCAGCACUUCAAUUUGUUUUCCCUCACUUCCUUUUGGCGUCGUCUGCUUCUGAGAUCUCCUCGUCCUCUGUCGCAUCCUGCCCGGUUCAAGCCCCCGAGCGCCGCGUCCUGCCUCUGCAUUUUGUUAGGCAUUGCGAGUUGUCUGUGUGCGUGCCGACGGGCCUCGAAAGCGACGAGUGUGACCUCCCCGCCGCCAGUCCGUGGAGCGGCGGAGAAGAGGAGCAGACGUUCCCCCAGCUCAGGCUGCAGAAGCUGAGACUCCAAUUUGGGACGGUUGAGGAGAAAGAAGCCGCAAGGAACUCCGCGAGCGCGUCGACGCGGGUAUUCCCAACAGACUACCUGGCGCUUCCGCUUGCCUCCGGGGCUCGGAAGUUUGCGUUCUUCUCCUCGGCGGCAGACGGCAACGCGCUUCUCUCCGUUAGGACUUCCAUGUGCCAUUUAGUGUCUUGGCAGACCAUGCUUGUCGGCGCGGAAAUGACCAAGCCGAAGCAGGUCAUCGAAGGGUACGAGGGCAAGGUGCGAUACGUAUUUCCUACCUCCUCUCCCGCGGACGAGUCCUCUGCGUCGCCCCUUUUCUCCCAGCUUCUCUUCACCGACACAGAGGGCGAGCUGCGCGCAAGGCGCGGCGGAGCUCUGGGAUAUCCGCGCGUGUUCAGUUCGCUUCCGCUUCCGCCUUCUGCUUUCUACAAGGCGCCUCACGCCUCGCGUCUCUCGACGUCUUCGCCGGACAAUUCAGCGGGCUCGAGUUCCCGCCGCACCUACGUGCCGCUGGUAUCCGACGACGAUGAGAGCGCGCGCACGUUGCACGCAGCGCGAGCCCUGGAGCGGAGACAGCGCGCGCAGUUUUUGGAGAUGCAGAAAAAGGAGAGGGAGGCGCUUGCGUCGUCUUGCACAAUACGGCUUGUCCCGGAGCACAUCGUGGACGAGAAUGAGCGGAAAACCACUGCGGGCGCUGGCAGCAGGUCCUCGAGCUCAACGCCCCAGUCCUUCUCUGCGCCGGACACUCAACUGCUGCUCGACGCCCAGCCAGGCCAAGGCGCGGAAGGCGCCGCCGACCUCCUUUCUGGUGGAACGGGAGACAGCGCAGCCGGCGUCCUCGCUGCAGGGAUGAGAAACCUGGGCAAGGAUGCGCCGGGAAACAGGGGAGAGCAAAUCUUCUACGACUAUGCGACGAACCCGCCAACCUUUGCUGGCAAGUACAUCGGCGCGUGGUCGAUGGGUCGCUUCCACGGCGAAGGCGCUCUCUUCGAUCAGUGCGAAAGGCUUGUCUAUCAGGGAGAGUGGAAGCAUGGAAAACGAUGGGGACAGGGUAUCGCCUACUCGCCGGACACUAACGGCACCUGGUGGGUGCAGCGCGGCGCGUUUGUCGCCGACGAGCUCGAGGGGCCAGUGAGGCUCACGGCCAUGAGCGGAAACGCAGACACCGGUGGGGAGCUUGGGAUCUCCGAAAUCGAGGGCACUGUUGAGGCUGCGCGCCCUGGUGCGACGGAGGAAACGAGCUGCACGCCUGCCAAUUCUGCCAGGAGCACAGAACCGCAUCCAAGCCUCCCGCAGGAGAGAGACGCAGAGUAUCUGCCCUUCCGGUCUCGCUGGCCACAGCUGCUGGGCCCCGCGCGCGCUGAGGGAAGUCUGACCCUCCUCGAACGCCUCAACAAGUCCUUCAAACGUAUUCAGUUUUCUGACGGCUCAGAAUUCAUAAGGGCCGCGGGCGGGGACGUUGCAAAAGACACAGUGUCUGGAAUCUUACGUACUGCCCAUUUCGUGUAUGAAGGCUGUUUUGCGAAUGGGAAAGCCGAAGGAAAAGGAAAGAUUGAAAGCCUCGCAACGGGCGCAGUGUACGACGGCGAGUGGCGCAACGGACGCCGGCACGGAAAAGGGCUCUUACAACUGCGCCACCCCAACUCAGACGCCAAAAUUGUCGUGACUGCCUCCUUCAAGGAUGACAGCGCGUCGUGCUCAAGCGGAAAGAUCGAUGUGGAGCGCGCGCCUGUCGGAGAGGAGAAGGAGAAAAAACGCAGCGGCGACUGGCUUCCGUUCACCUCGUACGCCGGUGGUCUGGAGGGCGGCCUACCCCACGGCAAAGGUGUGAUGGCGUUCGACACGUUCAUCUACGAAGGAGACUUCAACGCGGGUUGCAGAGAAGGGAGGGGAAUCGUGAAAGACAUCAAGAAGAAAGGCCUCAUUCGCGUUGACGGACAGUGGAGCGCCGACGUGCCUCACGGCCGAGUGAGCCGUGUGGUCUAUGCUGACGACUCGAUCUACGCUGGAGACUUCUUCGAGGGCAAGCGCGAAGGCCACGGCACACUCGUGCGAAGCAACACGGUCGUCUACGAUGGGCUGUGGAAAGAAGACGUCCCGGACGGCAGAGGGACGUUCAUUCUUGAGGAAGGGACGUACGAAGGCGAGGUUCAAGGCGGCAAGAGACAUGGAAAAGGCCGUUUUACCUUCUUCGGCGAGACGACGGAGACAGGCCAGCCAUGCGUUUAUGAGGGAGACUGGCAAGACGAUUUGCCGCACGGCGUCGGGAAAUACAGAGGGCCAAGCGGCGGCGAACACGCUUACCUGUUUGUCCGUGGACAAGUGGAUCCGAAUCUCAAGGGGAAACGUGCUAGCAAAGGCGGCGGGGUCGUUGAGCUUCCCCCCGUGGGGGAGGCGCCCUCGAUUACUCCUAAUGCGGCCUGGUGGAAGGCCGGUGCGUCGAGGCUGACCCGCGAGAACUUGCAGAGAGCGCUCAACGACCCUCAUACACACUUCGGAGAGUAUCGGGCAAAGAGCUUCCCCUUCGGCGUGAAACCAAGUGAAGGUGCUUCCCCAGGCGCGGCCUUGCCUCCCAUAUCUUGUGCGGACGGCCCGGGCGGACCCGAAAGCGGGGUUGUGGUUCGUACGCCGUCCGGUCGCCGUUUUUCUUGA